AUGGACAACGAAGCUAUGCACCCGAGAAAAAGGUUACGCCGUAAUGAUGACACAUUAGAAAAUGAUAGUACUAUAAUGAAUUAACAAAAUCUUUCAAAAUCCACCAACGGUGGCGCGCCUACUUAGUUUGGCAGCUAAGUUAAUCUUCAGCGAACCUAAUUUGCUACUAAUAAAAAUAUCAGCUCUGACUUUUAUGCUAAUCUAGCAACUAGCUAUUUGUCUAAAUCUAAGCCAAGUAAUGGGCUCUAAAAGCAAUAGAUAGAUCAGAAUCCAAGUCAAUAGAACUCGAGAAAGAGCAGUUUCUCCAAUAGCAGUCAAAGAAAUUUCAACUAGAAUUCAAACGCUUCAAAUAUGCAAGACAGUAAAAAAAGAUCAUACUCUUAAAUGAUGAAGUAAGAUCAAGGCACAGGCCAAGCUGGAGCUAAUACAAAUAACGCUGUGAGUAAGGGAGACAAUAGUAGGCGUUCCUCUUCAAAUUAUAAUAGCUACAAUGGAGCUAGUAAUCAAUAUAGAUACAAUAGAUUUUACAAGACAAACAACAACAAUAGCAGUAAUGCCUUAAACUCAAAGGAAAGCUCAAACUCAAGAUAUAGAUCAUCAUUUAAUUAUAAAAAUUUUUACUCCUCUUCUAGGUACGCCAACAAAUUCGCAAAAGGAGCUAGUAAACAAAAUAACUUCUCAAAGAGACGUAGAUUAAGAAGAAAAGACGAGGAGGACGAUGAAGAAGAAUAUCAAGUAGAAUAAGAUGAAAAUGGUCAAGAAAUAGCAGAAGUAAAAGGAAAGAAGAGACUACGUAGAUUGAAUAGAGGAGGUGAGGAUAAUGAGGAUUAUGGACCAGAAGCUUCUCCUGAUGAACAUGAAGGUGGCUCGUCAUAGGAUCAAUAUGAAAGUGAUUUCAUAAAUGAUGAUAAAGUUGAAUAUGAUGAAUAAGGAGACAAAUCUAUUAGGAAAGGCCAAGAUCCCAAGUAAAGCAAUUUAGAAUAAAAGGGAAAGCAACCUAAUGUUAAGUUACACUCAUCAGAAGAAGAGUAUUACAGCAAAUCAUAGAUGAGCAUUGAGGAAGAUCAUGAUGAUGUCGAUCUUUAUGAUUAGUUGAUGCUUGCAGCUGAUUAAUAAGAAGGGGGUUUUAAGCAUGAUCCUCUAGAUGGUCUUUAUUACCUCCCAGACGGGUUUUGCCUUCCAGAAGAGACCUACAGUAAUUUAUUCCCUCAUUAGAAGAAAGGAAUUACUUGGCUUUACAAUUUAUACAGAUAAAACUUAGGAGGCGUGCUUGGUGAUGAUAUGGGACUGGGUAAAACCGUUCAAAUUUGUGCUUAUUUAAAAGGACUAUUUGAUUCAGAGUAAAUUAAGAAAGUAAUUAUUGUUGUGCCUGCAACAAUGAAAUCUUAUUGGCACGCAGAGUUAUCAAAAUGGUGCUCAACAGCCCCUAACAUUGUGUAGUUUGAGGACAAAAAGAAAUCUGAGAGAGAAAAGCAAAUAAGAACAAUGAAAAAGAAGGGAGGAAUAUUAAUCACAAGUUAUGGAAUGGUAACUAGUGAAAGAAUCAACCUUCAAGAAAUGAGAUAUGACAUAGUAGUUGUCGAUGAGGGUCAUAAAGCCAAGAACAUCAACACAGAAUUAAGAAAGAAUUUAGUUGCUAUGAGAGUAAAGGGGCAUAAAGUUCUGCUUUCAGGAACCCCACUAUAAAAUAAUCUUACUGAACUCUGGUCUGUGUUUGAUUUCGUAUAGCCUAAAAUAUUUGGUAGCUUUAACAAUUUUUAAAAAGAUUAUGCAGAGCCGAUAGAAAAAGGUCUACUAAAGGACUCAAAUGCAAGGGAAAAAGAAAGAGCUUAAGAUCUCUCCAAUAAACUUAGGAAAAUGUAUGAUCUGCACUUUCUCAGAAGAACUAAAAAUUAAAUAUUUACAGUGGUGAGUGCAGAGCUGCUUGGAAGGCCUUUGAGAAAUAAUGAAUUACCUAUAAAAACUGACCUUGUUGUUUGGCUUCCUUUGUCAGAAGUACAAAAGCGAAUUUACAAAUUCAUCCUUGAAAAUUAAACUCUGCAAUAACUAAUUGAAGAUAGAGAGAUAAAAAACGCCUUUUUUAUUCUAUCCUAUAUCAAGAAACUUUGCUAGCAUCCGCAAUUACUUGCCUCAACUAGUGUUUAAAAGAGAAGAUAAAUGGGUCUUUUGAUGUCAGAAGAGUAAGAAAUGCUAGAGAGAUUAGAAAAAGAAGAAAUGGAGAGAGAUUAAUAGAUGAAAGAACAAUCUAGAAUUAAGACUAGAAAAUCGAUGGAAGAAGCUAAGAAAAAACAGAAAAAGUAACUUUAAGCUCUUGAGGCUUCAAAUAAAAAAACUAAAGUAAAUCAAGCAGUGGAAGAGGAAGUCCUUAAAUCAUUGAAUGAGCUCAAUAAAAAUUAAAAGACUGCUGAUGAUGAUGGCGAAUGGGAAUACAGCAUUGAUGCCAUGGCUAAGAAAUUGAAAACUCAAGAUGAAAAUAAGAGGAAACUAAUAGAAGAUGAAUAAAAAUUGAAAGAAUCUUAGAAACUAAAAGAGAUUUAAGUCCAUCAAGAAUAAGUUAAAGUACUUCAUCAGACCUUUGGACUUGAAAGUAUCAUACAGGAUAUUUAAGAAAAGUUCAAUAAAAAUGAUAUAGAAUCUAUGAUUGCUUAUUCAACAAAGUGUACCUUCCUAUUCAAACUAAUGCAGGAAUUAAAAAGAGAUGGGCAUCGUCUCCUAAUAUUCUCCAUGAGUAAGAAGAUGUUAACUUUGAUUGAGGACAUCCUAAAAAAUGAAAUGUAUAAGGAUCAAUAUAAGUAUCUUAGAAUUGAUGGAGAUACUGAAAUAUCGAGUAGAGAAGCAAUUUGCUAACAAUUCAAUGCAGAUGAAUCAUAUUUCUGUUGUUUACUGACUACUAAAGUUGGUGGAUUCGGUUUAAAUCUUACAGGGGCUAAUAGAGUAGUUAUCCUUGAUCCUGAUUGGAAUCCUGCUAAUGACAACUAAGCUAUUGAUAGAGUAUGUAGAAUAGGCUAAAAGAGAGAUGUAAUUGUUUACAGACUUGUUUCAAGUAAUGGUAUUGAAGAAAAGAUUUAUAGAAGAUAAAUAUAUAAAAGAGGAAUAAAUCUUUAAACAAUUGAGACAUCUGAUACUAGUGGAAUACCUUCAAAUGGAAAUGGCAAUACAUCUGCAGAUUUCUUAAAGUAUUUUGGAGACUCUGAUUUAUUUGAACUAUUUGCAUUUGAUUACUAAUCUGAAAAAUGUGAGACUUUAGAUCUCCUAUUAGAAAGGGACGGAUUCAAUCCUAAUAAAACUCCAACCAUAGAUAAGCAUAUCGAUUUUUUGAGGUCACUAUAAGGUAUAGUUACUGGAUUAUCCUUAAAUUCAAACUUAUAUUCAAAAUCAAAUGAACAAGAGGAAGAUGGAAAUAAUGAUUAAACUGCUGAUGUUAGAGGGGCUAAGGGUAUGGAAUAAGAAUCAAACUCAACUUAAGAAGAUAAACUAUCAGCUCUCAAGACACAUAAAGCUUAAUCUAGCACUGGAACUUAUAAUUUAAAUACCAGAUCAAAUUUGAUGUCUAAAUAAAAAUAAAGAGUAUAGGAAAAAUCAGAAGAUGCUAGGAUGACAAAUUAAAUUAAAACAGAUCAGGUAGAAGAAAAUGCUGAAGAGGAUCAUAGUAAAGUUGCAUAUGUUUACAAGAAUUAAAGAAGAUUGGUGAAAUUAGUUAGCUAAUAAUAGCAGCCAACAUCUGGAACUAACUCAGCUAUGAAAUAUAUUUCUGAUGGCUAGAAAUCAAUUGAUAAAACUUAAGCCUUAAGUUCGUUGGACAAAUAUGCUUGCAACAUCAUAAAUACUGGUAGAAGACCGAACAGCAGCAACUUAUUCAAAUGA